CGUAGCCUUUCCAGUUUUUUGUAUAUCUCUUUAAUUCCGAAUAGGCUUCCGGUGUACACAGAAAAGAUGGCGGCGACGGGUGUAUUGCCGUUUGUCAGAGGAGUUGAUUUUACUAAAAAUGAUUUCAAAGAUGGUAAAUUUCCACACGAUGUGGCUGACAUGACAGGUCUUAGAUGGCUGAGACUCAAUAAAACUGGACUCAACAAUAUUCCACCAGAAAUCUAUAAACUAAAGAAACUGGAACAUUUCAACAUCACCAGAAAUAAGGUAGAAUGUCUUGGAGAAGAGAUGGCCAAUCUGAAUGCCUUGCGUACAUUAAACUGCAGGCACAACAAACUAACAGAUGAGGGGAUUCCCAAGGAUAUUUUUAGCUUAGAAGAUCUCCAAGUUGUGGACUUGAGUCAUAACAAUUUGAAAGAAGUACCCCCAGAGCUGGAAAAGGCCAAAAACUGCAUUGUGUUGAAUCUUGCCAACAAUAAUAUUGAAAUGAUUCCAAACCAGCUGUUCAUCAACCUGACAGAUCUGAUAUUUGUUGAUCUGAGUGACAACAGCUUAGAAACUUUGCCACCACAGAUGAGAAGACUGACAAACUUACAGACUCUUAUUCUGAACAACAAUCCACUGAUCCACGCACAACUCAGACAGUUACCUGCUCUUGUUGCCUUGGAGACCCUCCAGAUGAGGAACACCCAGAGGACACUGGCCAAUUUCCCCUCUGGUCUGGACAGCCUCAGUAACCUCCAGGACAUAGAUUUGUCUGGAAAUGAUCUUCCCAGAGUCCCAGAGACUUUGUAUAAACUGACUGCCAUUAAACGCUUAAACCUGAGCAGCAACCAAAUCACAGAGCUGUCCCUGGUUAUAGACACAUGGGUAAAUUUGGAAACUCUGAACUUAUCCAGGAACAAUUUAACUGCACUGCCUAGCUCUUUACAUAAGCUUUCUUCACUGAAGAAACUAUAUGUUAACUCCAAUAAACUGGACUUUGAAGGCAUCCCAGCAAACAUAGGGAAAUUACACAAUCUGGAAAUCUUCAGUGCUGCUAACAACAACCUUGAAUUGAUUCCAGAGGGACUGUGCAGAUGUGGAAAACUGAAGAAACUUAUUCUGAAUGGAAACAGAUUAGUCACACUGCCAGAUAUUCUUCAUCUUUUGCCAGAUCUUGAGACUCUGGAUGUGAGGGACAACCCAGAUCUGGUCAUGCCUCCCAAACCCAAGGAGAUGAGGAAGGCUUAUGAGUAUUACAACAUAGACUUUUCUCUUAACAACCAGUUAAGAUUGGCUGGUGCCCCUACAGCGCCAUCUACAGGACAAUCACCUGUACAAAAAGGGGAUCCUGUUGCCCGAAAACUGAGAUUGAGAAGGCGUAGAGAUGGACAAGAGAGUGAAAAGGUUCUAAAGGGCAUGAGAGAGGUCGCUAAAGAGAAGGAACACAUGCCUAACUUGGAGGAGGAGUCCAGACAACCUCUAAAACCAAAGAAAUGGAAUGAACAUCUACAGAAACCCCAGCUGGACUACAGUGAAAUUUUUGAGGAAGAUGUUGGCCAAAUUCCAGGAAUCACUUGCUGGGAGAUUGAAAACUUUUUACCAAAUCCUGUUGAUGAAGCAAUGAAUGGGAAGUUCUAUGAGGCAGAUUGUUACAUUGUUCUGAAGACCUAUAUAGAUGACACCAACAGCAUCAACUGGCAGAUCUGGUUCUGGAUUGGGGAGAAGUCCACUCUGGAUAAGAAGGCCUGUUCAGCUAUCCAUGCAGUAAACCUGAGAAAUUUACUGGGAGCUGAGUGUAGGACCAUCAGAGAAGAAAUGAAUGAUGAAAGUGAUGAUUUCUUAGAUCUGUUUGAGAAUGGAAUAUCAUACAUAGAAGGAGGCCGCACAGCCAGUGGAUUUUUCACAGUGGAAAAUAUUGUUUAUGAACCAAAACUGUACAGAGCAUCUGGUGUCAAAAGGAUUCACUUGGAAAGGACUGAGCCUGUUCUGUCACAUUUGGACCGCCGAUAUGUCUUCCUGUUUGAUGUCGGAAUGAGUAUAUUUGUAUGGACAGGAAAGCUGGCCAAAGGAGUAACAAGAACAAAAACCAGGUUAAUUGCUGAGAAAAUAAACAAGAAUGAGCGUAAGAACAAAGCUGAGAUUUACAUGGAGUCACAAGGAGGAGAGUCCAGUGAAUUCUGGAAAUGUUUGGGAGAAAACCCUACUGCAUUUAUAGGGGAGUGUGUUCCCGAUGAUUUUGAGCCUGCUGAGCCACACUUGUACAAAGUAGGACUUGGAAUGGGAUACCUGGAGCUCCCACAAGUGGAAAUUCCACAUAAUGUGUUAACUCAGAAAUUACUAGACUCCAAAAAUGUCUACAUACUAGACUGCAAGUCAGAUUUGUUUGUUUGGAUUGGUAAAAAGUCAACAAGGCUUAUUAGAGCCGCUGCCUUAAAAUUGUGCCAAGAGUUAUGUGCCAUGAUUGACCGACCAACUUUCUGCUCAGUUACUAGGUGCUUAGAAGGGACAGAGCCCCAGAUUUUUAAGACAAAGUUUGUAGGCUGGGAUGAUGUGAUUGCUGUAGAUUACACAAGAACAGCUGAGUCUGUCAUCAGACGUGGAGCAGACAUGAAGGUCAUCAUGGAGAGAGACAAGAUGAAGACUGACCUUUCUGCAUUAUUUAUGCCCAGACAACCCACCAUGUCAAUGGAAGAAGCAGAAUCAAUUAUGCAGGAAUGGAAUGAAGAUCUUGAUUCUAUGGAAGCUUUUGUUCUUGAAGGAAAGAAGUUUGUUCGACUUCCUCCAGAAGAAUUAGGAAUUUUUCACAAUGAGGAUUGUUACGUGUUCCUGUGUCGGUACUGGGUUCCCGUGGAGUUACCUGAGGAUGCGGAUGAGGAGAAUGAGGAGGAGGAACUGCCUGAGGAGGACUAUAAAUGUGUGGUGUACUUCUGGCAGGGCCGCAUGGCCUCCAACAUGGGCUGGCUGACCUUCACAUUCAGUUUACAAAAGAAAUUUGAAUCUCUAUUUGGGGACAAACUAGAAGUUGUAAGAACCCAUCAACAGCAAGAGAAUCUCAAAUUUCUGUCCCAUUUCAAGAGAAUGUUUGUCAUCAGAAAUGGCAAGAGAAAGCUCCCCAAUGCUCCAGAGGAGAAACCUUCCACUGAGUUCUUCCACUUACGAGCCAAUGGCAGUCCUAUUGCCACACGCUGUGUUCAGAUUCAGCCUUGUGCUUCAUUCCUAAAUCCUAGAUUUUGCUACAUUCUGAUGGUGCCUUUUGAUAGUCAAGACCUAAAAGGGGUUGUAUAUGUUUGGAUUGGGGGACUGGCUGAACAUGAGGAUGCAGUGGUGGCAGAAAAAAUAGCUUAUAAAAUGUAUCAGGAACCAAGAAUGUCUUCAAUCGUAAAAAAACCUUAUGACAAGGAUGCUAACUACAUGAAGUUUGCAAGGUUGUUCAGAUGUUCCAAUGAGAAGGGAUACUUUUCUGUGUCAGAGAAAUGUGCUGAUUUUUGUCAGGAUGAUCUGGCAGAUGAUGAUGUGAUGAUUCUGGACAAUGGAGAACAAGUCUUCCUCUGGGUGGGCAGGAAAACAAGUGAUGUGGAAAUCAAGUUAGCCUUCAAAAGUGCACAGGUUUAUAUUCAGCAUUUACGGAAUAAACAACCUGACAGGCCCCGCAAAUUGUUACUAGCCAUGAAGUACAAGGAACACAGAAAAUUCACCAAAUGUUUCCAUGGCUGGGGAAAGUACAAAGAAGUCAUGGAAUAAAUCAUUUAUGCUUGACCUCUUCUUUUGACUAUGCUAGACCAGUUAACUUAGUGCAAUAUGUUUUUAACUUGGGAGUGUUUGUGGAACAUGUGAAUGAGUGGUGUGUGU